UCACGCGCAUGCGCUUUUAAGACUGUCGUUUUGCAAUGGCUGACAUGGACUGGCCAAGCUGUGGGAAGAGUUUGAAAGGUGUCAUAUUGGACAUGUGUGGUGUGUUAUAUGACAGCGGGGAGGGAGGCGGGGUUGCCAUUCCUGGAUCAAUUGAAGCAGUGAAAAAGCUCAAGGCAUCGGAUCUGCAGCUGCGCUUCUGCACCAAUGAGACCCAGCUCAACAGAGAGGCGUUUGUAGACAAGCUCAAAAGGCUGGGCUUUGACAUCUCUGUGUCUGAGGUCUUCUCUCCUGCUCCUGCAGCCGUAGCUAUCCUUAAGGAGAGGGGGUAUCGGCCUCACCUGCUGGUUUAUGAUGGACUUCUCCCAGAGUUUGACAGUGUUGACACAACCAACCCAAACUGCGUGGUGAUUGGAGAUGCAGCUGAAAAGUUUUCCUACCAGAACUUGAACGAGGCAUUCAGGGUCCUUAUAGGUCUGGAGAAACCAGUGCUGUUCUCGUUGGGCCAAGGGAGAUACUACAAGGAGACAGAUGGUUUAGCACUAGAUGUCGGGGCGUAUAUGAAGGCUCUGGAGUAUGCCUGUGAUUUAAAGGCGGAAGUAGUUGGAAAGCCGUCACCAAUAUUUUUCCAAAGUGUACUCAAUGACAUGAGGCUCCAACCGCAUGAGGCACUGAUGAUCGGGGACGAUCUGGUGAAUGAUGUGGGUGGAGCACAACACUGUGGAAUGAAAGGCGUACAAGUUAGAACUGGCAAAUACAGGCCCAGUGAUGAGAGGCACUCAACGGUGACGGCUGACGGCACUGUGGACGACCUGGCUCAGGCUGUGGACAUGAUCCUAAAACAGAGACACUGAGUACAAGGCAGGACUGGAAUCCCUCCACAUACUAUAACUAGGUGAAACAGGCUGGUGCUCGCUAGUAUUUUUAAUAUAACUGUUUCCAUUAGGAUAGUUUUAUGCGUUGAGGUAUUUCAAAUAACAAGUCAAGGCACUACAAAACAAAAAUACCUUCCAUAUACUGGCUGUAAACUAGGGGAAACACCCACCUAUCUGGUUAUACCCAUAGUGUGAAACAAACUAGAACUACAUUUGCAGACCUUUUUAAUUCUAGUCUACGAGAGAUAAGCUUUUAUCGAAAACUCUAGGGCGGCACUAUGCAUUUGUGAGUAAAUGAUGAGCAUACUGUAGAUAAGAUACCUCAAAUAUGUGCCUUUAACCAGCAGCUGAAUGACAGUUAGGCCUUGUGUUAAGAGUCAUUGAUAAUGUUAUACACUCAUAUUCGAGAUUUGACAGUAUUUUAACAUACAACAAUCAAUGUAAAUAGCUGAAUAUAUGAAGGUACUGUUGUAGAAACCCAUUUGCUUCACCCUAAACAUGCACAACCUUUUAAAACAGCAGGGGAUAUUCAGUAAUUCAAGUAUUACAUAAAUAAAGCUGUUUUACUAGCUGCUGAAAACAUUUGUCUUCCUGAAUUUCACAAUUUGUCUGAGUCACAGAACUUGUUUUUUGUCUUUAAAGGUCUCAAAGCACUGGGGAAAAUUUAGCUUUGGCACAGAUUUGAACUACAAUUUAUAUUGGAGCUGCUUUUGUUUUACAGAAAAUGGAAAUGGGAAGUGAGCUGGUCUGGGAGAUGAUAAAUGCAGAACCCAGCCGAGUGUGAUGAAUUGAGCUCAUGUUUCCCCCUCUGUAAACAAAAAUGAAAUGAGCUCUCCAUCAUCUGAGAGAAGAAUCGCAAAUCUACAAAAGCUUAUCUUUAUUUACUUGACUGUAAGCAGCCUCCGCCUAGGGGAUUGUCCCGUCAUUGUUGCGUUGUUAAUUGUCGCUCAUUAGCGGGGUGCAUUCACUCCACUGUCUGUGGUGAGGGUCAGAUAAAAUGAUGACGGGGGAAAAAAUGGUUAUCGGGCUUUUGUGUGCCAGCUGGAUCAUUGAGGCCUCUAGAAGUGGGGCAUAAAACAAACGAUUCUCCAUUGCUGCCCCCAAGGUUUCAGUGCACCAAAUAGAUUCAACAAGAACAAAAGCCCAUUGCCAAGUGAUUCAUUGAGGCCUUUCUGGUUCACUUCACCAUUUGCUGACACAAGCUUGAAUGUUAUUGGGCAAUUAAAGGUAAUGAAAUGCUAUGAAGUAUUAUGAAACUAUGCCUAAGCCGGGUGUACCACUCCUAGAUGUGAAUGGGAAAUAAAUAUUAAUGUACACAGCAAAGUAUUAGCAGCUGCAACCCAGUUUUCUAACAGCUUACACAUUGUUUAACUCACUGUUAUGUCUAUUACGUUACCGCCCAUUUGCCUUGUAUGAAGCUAUUCAACAUGUAUUUGACUACUCCCAAAUAAACUCAAUUGACUUUAACAA